CAGAGAAGGCUCCUGAACUGGUGAGAGCCUUCUCCAAUCUCCAGUUACCGGCCCACCUGGAAUUCCCAUAGCCGUCGCCGCACGGAAUGGAAAUCGAGAGGCCGCCGCGUCCCCCGCUCCCGCCGCCGCCGCCUGUCGCCGCCGCGGUGGCCGCCGCGGCGGCCAUUUCCUCUGUUCUCGGCGACGACGACCUCCUGCGGGAGAUCCUCCUCCGCCUCGGCCUCCCCACCAGCCUCCUCCGCGCCGCCCUCGUCUGCCGGCGCUGGCUCAGCCACGCCUCCGAUCCGGCCUUCCUCCGCCGAUUCCACGACCUCCACCCGCUGCGCCUCCUCGGCGCCUACCUCUCCACCUCCGCCGGCCCCAACCCGCGCCUGCGGUUCCUCCCGAUCCGCCCGGUCCCGGAGCUCGCCGGCGCCGCCCGCCGCGCCGGCGGCUUCUUCGACGCCUUCAAGGGCUCCGCCGCGUCCAUCUACGACAGCCGCGGCGACCGCCUCCUCGUCACCACCUUCGACGACCGCAACGACUCCACGCACCAGGUCUGCAGCCCGCUGUCCCCCGCGGGGGACACGACCGUGGUCCCGCCGCCCCCACCGCCGCCGCCGAUCCAGCUCGCCAACGACGACGAGUGCGUCAUCUACCAGUACUGUGAGUUCCUCCCCGACGAUGGUGACGGCGGCUCCUACUUCUGCGUGGUGAUGGGGUACAGCGAGCUGCAGACCAACGUGUACCUGUACGAGUUGCAGGACAUGAAUUGGGUUGUCAGAGCCUCAGCGGCGGCGCAGCUCGCUUUAUCGCCACGGAGAUCGAGGGUUAUGCUCUUCAGUAAUGAGAAAUUCUACAUUUUGUCCGCAACCAACAAGAUUCUUGUGUGCGAUUUUCCAUCCUCGAGUAUCUCAUUCAUGGAGCUCCCCAGUGGGGUGGAGAACAAGCACGGUGGUUGCAUCAUGCUGUCCCGGGGAGACGGUUCUGGAAUUUAUCUCAUGCAUGUUAAAGAAUCUCAGCUUCAAAUCUUCCACUGCAGGAAGGACAGCGAUAAUCCAGGCAAUUGGGUCCUAGUGGAUUAUAUUUGUUUGCGUCAGGUGUGCGCUAAUCUGGAUAUCGCAACUUGGCCUUCUGUGGGUGGACAUACUGCUAGUGUUAAGAUAUGCGCUGUUGGGGACAAUGCCAGGUUUGUGUUCUUGGAGAUGUUUGGCACUGUUGUUUUCUUGGAUAUUAGAAGCAGGCAGGCAGUGAAGGUGUAUGAGCUGACACCAGAGGAUAAGGAGUUGGUUAGUGUCCGUCCGUUAUUGCUGAUGUGGCAUCCUGUCUUCCCUCUGAUGAAGAACGGAUGUAACCAAAAGGAGUUGUGCACGGCUUAGAGUGCAGCUUGAAAGGAGACAGACUUCCAAGGCUAAAAACUGCAGGCCCAAUGAUUGAGAAGCAUAACAAGAUCGCUGGUGGGCCAAACUCGUAAGAGCAAGGCUAAUAAUUUAGCCUGCUGUUGGCUAAAUACAAGUGCCAUGUCAUAUAUAGCCAAUAAUUCAGCCACCUCAUAUAAUGGCUUGGCUACUAGGUUGGCUAAAAGGAUGGUUGCACUAUAGAUGAAAGUAUUUAAUGUUUGCAUGUGCACAUCAUCAGCUGUGGUUAGAUCUUUGUGGCCAUUCUUCAAUACAAAUAAGCUCAUGCAUCCAUCCACUACACAUUGAAAUGGAAUGCAACUGCAUAUAACGAUUCAGAUAUCUAUUUCAUACAUGAUGAUUCUUUUUUUUU